AUGGACAGUAUUGAUAUUGUGGAUUUGGGCGAGAGGACGCGAGUUUCUGGUAUCAUCAUACAGAAGCCGUACUAUUGGCACGGCUGCAUAACCAGUUUCCACCUGGAGUAUGCCAUAUCGGAUGACGUGACAAAAUGGAUACCAAUCCUGAACAGUGACAGGACUGAGGUGUUCCAGGUUAAAGCGUAUUUUACUCAGCAUCAGAGAGAGAGGCACAUCAGCUACUUUUACAGCAGUGUUUUGGCUCGAUUCAUCCGGUUAAACGAAGGCUUGGAUAACUCUCCGUGGCAUUGCUUCCUGAUGAGAUUUGAUUUCAUCGGCUGUCGGAAUCAUCCGAGAAUGACCAGGACUUGUCAGACAUUAUUCUCUGACGGCUACGUACUGGAUGACACUUAUCAAAUCGACAUGGAUGGUAUCGACCAAGGUCAACCACCAUUCCAGGUCACAUGCAGUAUGUCAGAUGGUGCUACCAUAAUUCACCAUGAUGCCGAAGACACUUUCAAAAUUUCAGGAUCACCCAACCAACUUACAACGAUUGACAUUACGUACGUCAUCGACAUGCAGCAGAUCAUCAGUGUGAUUGAUAAUGCCUCGACGUGUGAACAAAUGGUCAAAGUCAAGUGUGGAGAAGCCGACCCAAGUACGCUCUCGCAGCAUCCGGCACUCCAGCCAGUCAAGUGGGGUUCCCGCAGCGGGGAGUUGAUGCAGAAUUGGGGAGGGCCACUGGUCACAUUGGCUGCACCUGUGGUUUGA